GCGAGCUCCGUGAGUUAUAAAAGGGGUGAUGCAACGCGCUUCCAGCCACAGUCGCACUCGGCGAGUUGCGCUCCGAACUGCGCAGUCCCGGCGGAGCGGAUCGGCCAGCCCGCGCAGCGGCCGGGAGUCCUUGGUGCUCGCCGUCUGGCGGGACAGACCUACCCCUGGCCACCGGCUGGAGCCUGGCCGCCCGGAGCGGACCCUGGAGCAAAAUGAUGCUUCAACACCCAGGCCAGGUUCCUGCCUCAGAAGUCAGCGCAUCUGCCAUCGUCCCCUGCCUGUCCCCUCCUGGGUCACUGGUGUUUGAGGAUUUUGCUAACCUGACCCCCUUUGUCAAGGAAGAGCUGAGGUUUGCCAUUCAGAACAAACACCUCUGCCAUCGAAUGUCAUCUGCAUUGGAGACUGUCACCAUCAACAGCAGACCCCUGGAGAUGUCAGUCACAAAAGCUGAGGUGGCCCCUGAAGACGAUGAAAGGAAGAAGAGACGGCGGGAAAGAAACAAGAUUGCAGCUGCCAAGUGCCGAAACAAGAAAAAGGAGAAGACGGAGUGUCUUCAGAAAGAGUCAGAGAAGCUGGAGAGUGUGAAUGCCGAGCUGAAGGCCCAGAUCGAGGAGCUGAAGAAUGAGAAACAGCAUUUGAUAUAUAUGCUCAACCUGCACCGGCCCACGUGUAUCGUCCGAGCGCAGAACGGGCGGACUCCAGAAGAUGAGAGGAAUCUCUUUAUCCAACAGAUAAAGGAAGGAACGUUGCAGAGCUAAGCAGCCGUGGCAUGGGGGCAACUGGGGAGUCCUCAUCGAAUCCUCCUUUUCCACACAAAAUCCUGAAGCCAUUGGAAAGCUGACUUCCUGUGCAUCUCAGCAGCCGAGAACCAUCAAGGCAGGGGGCCCUGUGGUGACUCCACUGGGUUGUCCCACUCUGUCCAAGCAAACCAUGGACCAGGGCAAGAGCAUCCUUUGUCUCACUAAUUUGAGGACUUAGGCCUUAUAAAUCCUGGCCAUUCUCAGAUGAUCUAGAUGGCCCCUGGCUGGGGACCUGCUCACAGUUCAUCUGGGUCCCCAUGCAAAGCAGGAUGCCUGCCUCUGGGAUUGGUGCAGAAAUGUCUGUACCUUAGUGGGUGGGGUGGGACCGUGUCCUCCACUGGUGCUGCCACUAGGGGACAUGGAGUAAGAGGGCCAUUUAUCGAGGUUGCAAAAUGGCCAGGGUGUGCUUUCUAGCAAGUCUGCUGUUACAUCCCAGAAUGACUGCCCUAGCCAUUUGUUUCAGAACUAGGCGUUGAGCGAUUUUGAUGUUUGUUUUGUACAACACUGGUGUGACUUUUCUGAGUGUUUCUUCAGACCUUGUUUCUGAGAGUUUGGGGUCUGUGUCCUGGGCAGUGUCCCAUAAAAGUGUUUGGGAGGCCAGGUGAACUUACCAGGCCCAGGGGAGCAAAAUCAGGCUGUUGACAGAGGACGCCUCCUUUCCCUGAGUGCCCGCUGCUAAGGAAGAAUCUGUGGACAUGACAGCAGGUCCUCGGUUGCAACCAUUACAAUGUCACAGGAAGAAAGCACAAAGAAAGUCUAACAACUUCCAAAGGGUUAGGACUCUCCAGUGACAGGGCAGGAGCUAUUUCUAGGCCAGAAGAGCCAGACAAAUACUCCGUUUUCCUUUCUUCGUGGUCAGAAACCACAGUCCGUGCAGAUGGGUGUCUGAAGCCAGGUGGUGCCCGGUUUCUGCAUUUUGGGAUGUUAAAGGCACUGAUUUUGUCUUGUAGCUAUUUUGAUGAGAGAUCUGGCCAGAGCAUCUCAGCUGGGAGACCCCUCCCACUGGCCACCAGGACUCUGACUACUGUUAAAAUUCUGAUGUUUCUGUGAAAUCUUGAGUGUUUAAUACCACUUGAUAGUAUCAUUACAAUUUUCUGUAAGAGAAAAUAUUACUUAUUUAUCCCAGUAUUCCCAGCCUGUCAAUAUAAUAAAUAUCAGAACCAAGACAUGUAAAGUAA